AUGGAAUACAAACGACGUCUCAAGAUGAGAGCCAGUAAAACAGACAAGAGACCUGUAACUGUUGACGGUCCUCAAGUUAAUGGACGAAGCCGUGAAUGUGAAGGUUGCCCGGCUACUUCCUUUAUGGUCAGAGACCUUGAACAAGCAGAAAUAGAAAUUCUCAAGCUGGUGCAAGCGAAUAACUUUGAUAAAGAAAUCAAGAUUCUGAGAGAUUUCCAAACCCAGACCGGAAGUGUGCCUAAAGAUCGUCAUCAUGAUAAGGAAAGGAAAGCAGUUUUGAAGAAAAGUAGCAGCCUUAACGCCCUCGACCCAUACCUGGAUGCCAGCGGAAUGUUGAGAGUUGGAGGACGGAUAAGGAAGGCUAACCUCUCAGACAGUCUUAAGAACCCUGUCAUCUUACCGAAGGCUGGUCAUAUUACAGAGCUGGUCCUCCGUCACGCCCAUGAGAAAACUCACCACAGCGGAAGAGGUCUCACCUUAAACGAACUUCGUUCGAGUGGUUACUGGAUUAUCAAUGGAAAUGCUGCGGUCAGACACUUCAUAUCAAAGUGCGUCACGUGUCGACAUCUCCGUGGUACCUUUGGAGAACAGAAAAUGGCCAACCUCCCAAGUUCCCGUGUUGAACCCGCGCCACAGUUUUCAUACUGUGCAGUGGACUACUUUGGUCCGUGGUAUGUCAAAGAAGGCAGGAAAGAAGUUAAAAGGUACGGAGCCCUAUUUACUUGCUUGGCCAGUCGUGCGGUACAUAUCGAAGUAGCCCACCCAUGGAAACAGAUUCAUUCUUACAAGCAUUACGGCGCUUUACCUGUCGUAGAGGACCCAUAAGAGAACUUCGCAGUGACCAAGGGACUAAUUUUGUUGGGGCCGAAAACGAGUUAAAGGCAGCACUUCAAGAAAUGGAUGAUGAGAAAAUCAAGGCAGAGUUGCUUAAGGAGAACAUUGAUUGGAUCAGAAAUCCUGCUACUGCAAGUAAUUUCGGAGGCGUUUGGGAACGACAAAUUCGGUCCGUGCGGAACAUCAUGGCAGCACUUAUGAAACAGCAUGGUCACAGCUUAAACGACGAAUCGUUGCGAACUUUGUUAUGUGAAGCUGAAGCUGUUGUCAACAGUCGUCCUCUGACUACCGAGACCUUAAGUGAUCCGCUCUCACCGUUGCCACUAUCGCCAAGUACCCUUCUCACUGGUAAAACCAAGCUCAUUCUCCCCCCUCCAGGAAAGUUUCAACGAGAAGAUACUUACUGCAAACGUCGCUGGAGGCGCGUACAGCAUAUUGCUAACGAAUUCUGGAAUAGAUGGAGUAAAGAAUAUCUUCAGAUCUUACAGUUGAGACAAAAGUGGACACACAAGAGAAGAAACUUCACGGAAGCCGACAUUGUUCUAUUAAAGGACAACAAUUCUUGUAGGAAUAAGUGGCCUAUGGCUAAAGUGCUUACCACACGUCGUGAUGAUGAAGGCCAAGUCAGAUCGGUGACUGUUCAAACCGGAACUGGAUCAGUACUGGAUCGACCAGUCAAUAAACUUGUGCUGUUGCUAGAGUCACCUAAGGAUAGACCGGGAAUCCCCGACGAGGAGCCUGAGGAACUGUAA